AAAAAGAACCGGCGAGGUUCACCAGCGAUAACGGUCAGUAAUUUGGCUGCGCGCGCAGAGCAAGGAUGGAGCCUCGCAGGGAUCCCCCGUGUCACGCGAUGGAUCGGCCCGGCCCGGCGCUCCCCCACAGGCCCGGCCAGUCGGACUGUUCCACUGAGGCGGCUGCGGAGGGGUGCGCCGGGGGCGGGCCGGCGGAGGGAAACGGGGGCGUGCCGUCGUUCUCCUUCUCCUCGUCGUCCUCCCUGGAGGGCGGGAGCGUGAACGGCGACGGCGGCGGCGGCGGCAGGAAGAGGCCGAGGCGGCGGAAGCGCUCGGCGCGCUCGGCGGGGGACGGGGGCGGAGCCUGGACGGGCGUGCGGGAGGAGUCGGUGUGGUUCGACCGGUCCGUGUAUGAGCGGGCCGAGAGCGCGUACCAGGCCUGGCUGGCGGGCGGCGGCGGGGGCGGCGUGGGCGUGGCCCCGGAGGAAAGCCCCGCCCCUGCGCCGCGGUCGCCGUCGCCUCGCCCGUCGGGCUGUCGCCAUGGAGACCAGGUGGCCUGCCACCACCUGGUUCAGGCGGUGUGGGUGAACAAGUCGGCCUUCGACUCUGCCGAGCGCCGCUUCAUGGAGCAGGCCCCGCCCCCUCCGGCCACGCCCAGCUCCCUCGCCCUCUCUCCGCGCCGCGGUGCUCCCCCUGGGGCCCGUAGGACCCCCGACGAGGGGUACCUGUCCCUCACCCCAACCCCGGCCACCCCACAGCCGCUCACCCCGACCCCGGCCACCCCACAGCCGCUCACCCCGACCCCGCCCGCCCCACAGCCCCUCCCCCCUCCCCGCCAGGAGGGGUACCUGUCCCUCACCCCGACCCCGCCUGCCCCACAGCCCCUCCCCCCUCCCCGCCAGACCAUUAACGGCCUGCCGGGCCUGCCAGCCGAGCUGCUGGCGGGCGUGUGGACGGAGAAGCCCCGCUACGACCGCGCCGAGGCCAGCUACUACCAGAGCCUGUGCUGCCCGCCGGCCCCGGCCCCGCCCACAAACAAGGCCCCGCCCACCGACAGGGCCACGCCCACAAGCAAGGCCACGCCCACCGACAGGGCCCCGCCCACAAGCAAGGCCACGCCCACUGAUAUGGCCACGCCCACAAGCAAGGCCACGCCCACCAACACGGCCACGCCCACCGUCACGGCCAUGCCCACAAGCAAUGCCACGCCCACUGAUAUGGCCACGCCCACAAGCAAGGCCACGCCCAUUGACAUGGCCACGUCCACAAGCAAGGCCAUGCCCACUGACAUGGCCACGCCCACCGACAAGGCUAUGGCCAUUCCCACAAACAAGGCCACGCCCACCGACAUGGCCACGCCCACCAACACUCUCAUGGCCAUGCCCACUGACACACCAACAGCCGCCCAGCCCAUCGGCACGCCCUCCUGCGACGGGACGGAGCCUGGCCCCGGGCUCGGAGACGGCGGAGGGGUGGGGCGGGACGGCCCCCUCUGCUUCCUGCACCCCGACAGCGAGCGGGCGUGGCUGGAGGCCCCACGCUUCUGCGCCGCCGAGAGGCGCUUCCACGAGCAGCGGGCGGCCAGGGCGGGGCCGGGCGGGACGGGGAACGCGGAGGAGCCGGACGGGACGGGGAACGCGGAGGAGCGGGACGGGACGGGGACCGCGGAGGAGCCAGACGGGACGGGGGCGAUGGAGGUGGAGGUGGCGAUGGAGGGGACGGCCGCGGUGACGAUGGAAGUGGCGAUGGAGGGGGCCGUGGAGGGGACGGCUGCGGUGGCGGUAGCUCAGGCCAUGGAUUGCUUGCCGGCCGCUGGGGGAGCGGAGAGCGACCCGCCAGCUCCCAGCAUCCUUUGCCCAGACACGAUGACUGCGGAAUUCCUGGCUCAGGAGAAAAUCUGGUUCGACAAGCUCCGCUUCGAUGAGGCGGAGUGUCGCUUCUACGAGAGAAUGAAUGGCCCCGCACAGCCUUCGCAGGAGACUGGAGCUAAUACCAUACUGCAGGACAUUGCCCGAGCUCGCCAGAAUAUCCAGAAAUCUCUAGCAGGAAUGAAGACAUCUCUACAGACUGGAAGAGGGCGUUCCCGCACCCCCCAAAAUCGGCGUUCCCAGCCUGGUGUGGCGUGUGGAGCCGGGGACCAGGGCGAGCUCAUCACACGCAUGAGGAGCCUGGAACUGGAGAACCAGAGCCUGCACAAAGUGGUGGAGGACCUGCGCUCAGCUCUCUCUAAGUUGGAGUCCAGAGUAGCGCUUCUGGAGAAGAGGCCGACAGCAUCUCCAGCACCGGCUUCAACAGCAGCUCCCAGCUGCACCAGGACUGCCCCUGUCCAGCAGCCAAAGGUCCGCGCCCCGGUGGAGGAGGAAGAUGACGAUGAUCUGGACCUGUUUGGCAGCGAUGAAGAGGACGAGGAGGCGGAGAGAAUUCGCGAGGAGCGGUUGAAAGCGUACGCUGAAAAGAAGGCCAAGAAGCCCGCCCUCAUCGCCAAGUCCUCCAUCCUGCUGGACGUCAAACCAUGGGACGAUGAGACGGACAUGGUGAAGCUGGAGGAGUGUGUGCGCUCUGUCCAGGCGGACGGCCUGCUCUGGGGCUCCUCCAAGCUGGUCCCGGUGGGCUACGGCAUCAAGAAGCUGCAGAUCCAGUGCGUGGUGGAGGACGACAAGGUGGGGACGGACAUGCUGGAGGAGGAGAUCACCAAGUUCGACGACUACGUCCAGAGUGUGGAUGUCGCUGCUUUCAAUAAAAUAUGAGCGCUUCGCCCUGACUCCGCCCCCCUGCCUUGGCUGCUGAUGAAGACGACGAUGACGAUGAUGAUGAUGAUGAUGAUGAUGAUGUUUGUGACGGUUACCAAUAAAGAGCUGAGCUCUGUGAAAAGGC